UGAGUUAUCUGGAUUGAAUUCAGAAUUUCUAAAUGUUGGUACUCGAGGUUGAACACUUGAGUCUAAUAACUGAUUAGUGCUCGUAAUAAUUUCAAAAUUUCUAACGAUUACAGAAAAUCGAAUAUUUCAAAAUUAUAGUUAGGUCUUAGAAUAAUAUUGAUCAUUCAUCUUGUUGAUUUUUAACAUAAACAGCCCAUCAUGCGUAAUCUCGGUGUUCUUAGUAGUUUGCUUACCAAUCGUUCGUUUUCCACAAACAAAUCGAAUGUGUUGGUGUACAAUUGUAAAACUAAGACCAAAGAACCUUUGAAAUGUAACAAGCUUUUGACGUGGUAUGUAUGCGGUCCCACAGUAUACGACUCCAUGCAUAUUGGGCACGCAAGCUGUUACGUUAAGUUUGACAUUAUUAGGAGAAUUUUGGAGAAUUAUUUUCAAUUUUCUGUGUUUCAAGUAAUGAAUAUAACCAAUGUGGAUGAUAAAAUUAUUUCAAAAGCACGUACCUUAAACACGAAUCCACUUCAAUUAGCAAGAAAUUACGAAAUAGAAUUUAUUGAAGAUUUAAAUUUGCUAAACAUAAAUAAACCAGCUGUUAUAGCAAGAGUCACUGAUUUUAUUCCUCAAGUUUUAAAUGUUAUUCAAAACCUAUUUGAUAAAGAUUUAGUUUACUCUGCAGCUGAUGGUUCAUUAUUUUUUGAUACUACCAAGUAUAAAAAAUAUGGAAAGAUCGUUAAAGUGCCUGAAGUUGUGCCUCAUAUGUUCAAGAGAAGUAAUUUAGAUUUUGCUCUGUGGAAAGCAACAAAACCUGGCGAACCUUCUUGGGAUUCACCAUGGGGACCAGGAAGGCCAGGUUGGCACAUUGAAUGUUCUGCUAUUGCUAGUCAUUAUUUUGGAUCCAGUGUUGACAUACAUUCUGGAGGAAUAGAUUUACUAUUCCCACAUCACGAAAAUGAAGAAGCUCAAUGCUGUGCUUAUCAUGAUGUUGAUGAUUGGGUUAAAUAUUGGAUACAUACAGGACAUUUGCAUGUAGGUGAUAAUAUUAAAAUGUCGAAAUCAUUAUUAAACACCAUCAGUGUUAAAGAACUACUCAAAUCAUAUACCGCAAAUCAAUUUCGAACAUUAUGUUUAUUAUCAAAUUACAAAAAUAAUUUGGAAUUUAAUGAAAGUACAAUGGAUAUAGCUUGCGGAGUAUUAAAAAAAUUUGAUUGUUUCAUCACUAAUUGCUAUGCUCAUUUAAAUAAUUGUAACAUUAAGCUUACUCCUGAUAUUACAUUGCUAAAAAAAAUGAAUGAUAUUGAAAAUGAUAUAUUAAUCAAUUUAGCAGAUAAUUUUAAUACACCAAAAGCUUUAAAUUUACUUAUUGAGCUUAUAAACAUAUUCAAUAAAUUACUUACAAUGGACUUUCAUUUUAAUUGUUCAAAAUUGGAAGUGAUUCAGGCAUUAAAUUUAGUAUUUAAAACGUUGGACUCAUUUGGAAUCAAUCUAGCUAAUACAAAGUUCAAGUCUGAUGCUGAAAACACUUCAAUUAUUAAUACCACAGUAAAUUUUAGAAAUAAACUUAGACAAUUAGCAUUACAAUCAAAGUCUGAUAUUAAAAAACAAGAUAUCUUAAAACUUUGUGAUACUUUAAGAGAUGAGCUUGCUGUAGACAACAUCAUUGUACAAGACUCUAAUAAAUUAUCAAUAUGGAGGUAUGAAAAAGAAUAAAAGUUAUAAGAGUUAAAAAAAGUUGAAUUCGUGAAUGAUUAUUUUUUUGUUUACUAUAAGUAAUAUUCAAAUUGGUCUUACUGUAGUUUAUUGAUGUAAUCAACUUUUAUUUUCUAUCAUAAAUUUUUAGAGAAAUUGAUGUACAUUAACAUAAAUAUGUUAAAUAAAUAAUUAUUAGCAAUCAAUUAAUAUGAGAAUUUGUAUAACCUAGAUUUACUAAGUAACUACUGCAUUUUGAAAAUUUUUAAUCUUGAUUUUAAA